GCUCCUCGUCCGCACGAGAGCGCACCACUGAAACAGUGCCCGCAUCCCUCUAUCGUUGCAGCGGCAGCGAAACAGCUCACGAGAAGCCCGCGGGCAGCCGUCGCUCGGGCUGCACGCACCCGUCGAUCGCGGGGCAGCUGCCACAACGCCCCUAACAGCAACAAAGUAGCUGGUUGCAGCCAAGAAGGCAGCCCGAGCGUAGAAACUGAGCAGUCAUGGCGUCCAUGGUGUCAGUAGUCCUCACGGAGGACCCCGAGGACCUGCGCAAGAAGCGGAAAGAACAGUGGUGGGGCGCCUACAAUGAUACGGAGUGGUACGUCAUCGAACCGAUGGCGUUCUGGAAAGCUGCCUUCGACGGCUGCACUGCUUUACUCUUACUCGUGCUGGCCUUCUACAUCCCGUUCUCCAUCGCGUUUCUGGACGUCGGGGACUUCAUCUGGUUCGAUUGGUAUCAGUUAGUGUGGUUCUCGGUCGACAUCAUCCUGAGUUUUUGCUCGCCCUACGAGAACGAGGAGGGCUGGGUCACGAAUCCCAAGUGGAUCGCGGCGGAGUACUUCCAGUGCUUCUUUUGGGUGGACACUAUAUCUACAUUUCCCUUUGCGUUGGUGCUGGGGGCGUCGGGCGGCGCAUCGCCGCUGACGAAGCUGCUCAAGAUGCCUCGUUUAAUAAAAGCGCUGCGCGUGCUCAAGAUGACGAAGCUGACGCGCGCCUACAAGCUCGACGAGGUCAUCAGCUGUGCAUAAUUCAACCAGUGAGUCGGGUCCAUGCCGUCGAGCAGGUGUCGCGUCGAUGGCGUGGAGGCCAUGAUCCAGCGGAUGUGGAGACGCGCCCCGAGAAUUUGAUUUAUGCACAGGUCAUCAACCAGCUGGCGACACACCUCCAUGUCCCUCCCAACGCGGCGACGCUGGUCAUCCUGGGCACGCUCGGGCUCGUCGUGAACCACGUCUUCGCGUGCAUAUGGUUCUAUCUGGGCGCCGACGACUUCUCGGAGGAGUGCUCGACGGCGGACGUGCCGGCGCGCGCCUGCACCUGGAUGCAGGUCCACGGGCUCCACCCGCACCGCACUGUGUGGAACUCACCUCCACGUCGCGUCGACCCACGCCUGAAAUUUGAUUUCCGCACAGGCACCGGGGGAAUUGGUACCUCUACAUUACGUGUUUGUACUGGUCGGUCAUGACCCUCUCGACCGUCGGCUACGGCGACAUCUCGCCCAACACGACCGAGGAGAAGAUCUUCACCAUUGUUGUGAUCUUCACCGGAGUGUCCGGUUACGCGAUGCUCAUCCAGGCGAUCGGUACGGCGAUGGCCGGCGAUCCUAACAAGCUAUCGCACACCAAGGCGAUGCGGAACUACCUGUACGACUACGAAGUGCCGCCGGAUUUGGCGAAGCGCAUACUUCACUUUCUACGCCUAAGGGACAAAAAAAUGCGCCAGGAGUAUAUCGAGCCUGAGGUAGAUCUGUGUAUCGAAACACUAUCAAAACCGCUGCGACGGCGCCUCGUGCUCCACACGCGCAGGGACUUGGUCGAGCGAGUACCGUGGUUCUUGGGAAGGCCCAUGAAGUUCGUCGCCGACGUGUGCCCUCUGCUCAAGUCGGUCGUCGCGUCCCCUCUGGAAGUUGUCGGCGCGACGGGCGUGUCUGCCUCGGCGCUGGUCUUUGUCGUGAAGGGCGACCUCGCGGCCUUUGAGCACGCUUCGAAGACGCCGAAAUGUGCGACGCCGAACACCAUCAAGCAUGGCUUGAGUGACUUGGGCGGAGACAUUGAUAAUGAGUUGCUCGCGUACGAAGCGGCGGAUCGAGAUAGGCGGUACACGUGGGGACCCGAUUCGACGUUCGGCCUGCCGGGCUGCGUGCUGGAUAAGACGUGGCGCCUCGACAUCCUCGCGCUCGACGACUGCGAGAUGCUGUCGUUCCCCAAGGACGAACUUCUUAAGUUGAUGGGCCAACACGACCACGCCGCGAUCCUGCCCGAACUUGUGAGGGAGGCCGAGGAAAGUGUCGCCGAGCAUCCAGCCCUGUUCAGCGAUGCCGACGAAGCUGAACGACCAAGUUCACCGCCGCCACAACGGGAUGCGACCGCCUCGCCGACUCCAGAUGAGGUCAAAAGCAGCUACGCCUGCGACCGUUUGGUGGCUCGCCGCGCCGACGUGGCCGCGUUCCUCGCGCAGCACAUAUCACCGGCGUCGCUCUCGGCCGACGACGAGUCGGCAGCGCUCGUGCGUGACUUCGUCGAGGCGCACACGGAGCGGCCUCCGGAGCGCGUGCCGACGACGACGGAGACUCGUCGGUCGCCGCGGCAGAGCCCGCCCGCGCGGCCGCCGCCUCCCGAGGAAAACGGCCCGGCAACGUUGUGGGACCCGUCCACGGGCCCACCACAGGCGCGGCCCGUCAUCGUCGAGGACGCGUCGACGGGCCCGCGCGCGCGGUCUGUGGUCGUCGACGACGCGCCGCCCCCCGACGACGACGAUCCCGCGGAGAUGCUCUGUGGGGCGCUCGUCGGGGGGGAGUAGAUAA